AACCGUGGCGCGUCCAUCCGUAUCCCCCGUAACGUCGCCGCGCAGGGCUUCGGCUACCUGGAGGACCGUCGCCCAGCCUCCAACAUUGGUAUGUUUGCGAUCUUCUCGGAGCAUGCGUGCAUCGAUCUAAUUCCCCCUCUAGACCCCUACCGAGUCACGGACAUGAUCGUGCAGACUACCUGCCUCUAAAUCAGAGGCGCACUUACUUAGAUCGGAUUGGAGGGUGGGAAGGCCCAUACUUAGCAGUAAUUAUAUCUUCAGCGUUCCAGAUGUACCGUAUGCGGUCGUUCGUUUUCUAGAGUCCGACUUUCAAACCUCUCUGCUGGUUGGGAUGUGACUGCACGUCGCGCGACGCGAAUGUGACGAGACGUGUUUGAUCACCGACGCGUCCCUUGUUCUCAACUUCCUUCCUCUGCUCGCCAUCUCCUCGAUCAAUGGCGUCCGAGUACGAUCUCGCCUUCUCGGCGGCGUCUUUCGACGAGAGCGGCACGUUCAAACUGCUCGAAUUGCCACCCGAAGUGUGCGCACUCAUCGAGUCGGCUGCGACCGCCACACGCCCUCCGACGCUAACUAUCAAAGGUCGACCUAACGAAGAUGCGGUACUGUGUACGAACGACACGACGUACAGCAUGCGCUCUGUCGUCCUGUCGAACUCCGUACUUGUGGUGACGCCCUCGGACGGGGACCUGCAGCUAGAGAAGGACAGGCCAGCGGAGGAUGCUGAUGCUGACCGCGAAGCUAUCGUUGUGCGCGAUCAGAUCAACGAGGUCAUCGAGCUCUCGAAGUGCGUGCCGAAGCUGCACCAGCUGGCGGGCCUCUUGCGAGGGAAGGAGUAUGAUGGGGAGGAAGAGGAUGAGAUGGAAGACGACGAGGGGGACGCGCCAGCCACUCAACCAGUCACAUACCAAUCCGUCCGCGACAGCGUACAAGCCAGCGACGCAGAACUCGACCGCGGGCUACGCGACCGGCGCAUUCUGCAGCUAAAUGGCCACCUCCGCCCCAUCUCCCCCUCCUACCUGCUCCGCUUCCUCGAACUCGUCCUCAACCAGCUCGUCGCGCACAACCUCAAGCCGGAUGCCGCGCCCGUCGAGACGCUCACCAACGCACUCGCGGACGCGGACGACGUGCCGCGCGCGGUCUCGGGGCAAGUGCUGGGCUGGUUCGGCACGAUUGCGGAGGGAAAGUGGGCGAUGGAUGCACGCGCGGUUGUACGCGAGAUUGGACUGGGGAUUUUGAGGGAGCAUAGGCACGACCCUAUCACAGAGGUAGCCUUGCUGGAACGGUGGCGCGAGGCUGCGACGGACGCAUUUGAGCAGCUUUGCGAGUUGCCCUUGCUAGCUGGCAACUACAUCGUUACCACCGACCUCGACGGUGGUCCGGGACCUCUCAAGUACUUCCCCUCAUCCGCCCUACCAGUCGCGCCCGCUGCACGCUUCGGCGAGCUCUUCCUGACGCGCCCAAAGUGGAAGAGCGAGGACAUCACGCCCUUCUUGACGGAUAUCGCCAUCGACUCGAAGGAGAGGGACAAGUUGCUGCUGAAGUAUGCGCGAGCCACGACGACUCCGGAUGGGAUUUGGUACACAGCACGCGCUCAGUAUGCAGCCUAG